AUGGGCAUUACACUUCUUUAUCCCACGGAGGAGAAGGAGCAGGAUAUUGACUUGAAUGCAAGUCUUAGUCUAGACAUAAUCGCAAUCCAUGGCCUGGGCGGCAAUCCCAUGGCCACUUGGACCGAUCCCAAAUCCCAGAAGCUAUGGCUACGAGACCUCCUCCCCCACGACAUACCGCGAGCUAGGAUAAUGACAUUUGGAUAUGAUGCAACGCCCGCAUUCGAAAAUUCCGUAGCAGGAGUAGAGGAUCAUGCGAGGGACUUGCUUAGGUGUUUGAGGGAGAGGAGGGAAAGAGUCAAGGAAAUAAACCGCCCCAUAAUCUUCAUCGGCCAUUCUCUAGGAGGUAUUGUCAUUAAACAGGCACUCAUCAUCUCAUCCAACUCUCCCGACUAUAUCCCACUUUGCAAAUCCACAAUCGGCACCCUUUUCUUUGGAACUCCUCACCGUGGCAGCGCUCUCGCCUCCCAUGGGGCAAGACUCGCACGCAUACCCACCGCAUUGGCCCUCAAGCCCGCCUCGCAACUCCUUCUAACUCUUAGCCAGGAUAGUCUCCAGCUCAAUGAACUGAUGGAGAAGUAUAAGCAGCUGAUGGAUGAGCGUCCUUACGACGUAGUGAGUUUCUAUGAGACAAAAGCAAUGACGGGGUUCAGAAAGCCAGUCGUCACGAAAGAAUCGGCAAUCUUAAGCUCACCAUCGAAAAUAUGCCACUGGGAAACCCCGAUCCCCGUCCCCGCCAACCACAGAGCAAUUUGUUGGUUCUCAUCCUCCAAAAACGACACCUACCAAACCGCUAUGCGGAGAAUCCAGAGGAUUCGCCAAGAUCGUACGACUGCCCAAGUAAAAAAUGAGUAUUAUACCUUGCCACAUAUGGUGAACUCGCACUUCACGGGACGCAAUGAUAUCCGUCGGCGUCUAAAUGAUAGCUUACUUCCUGAGAUAUAUGGGGGCGAGCGAGAGCAAUCGAGAUUCGUGCUAUAUGGCUUGGGUGGUUCAGGAAAGACGCAAAUUUGUUUGAAGUUCGCGCAGGACUAUAGGGAUAGAUUCUGGGGCGUCUUCUGGAUCGAUGCAAGCAGCACAUUGACUGUUGAUGAGAGCUUCUUCUCUAUUGCCCGUGCCUGCAAGAUCUCACCCCACAUGGAAAGUGUCAAGGAAUUCCUGUCCCAAAAGGAGCAUUGGCUCCUCAUAAUCGACAAUGCGGACGACCCAGAGAUAGACAUCUCGAAAUUCUUUCCCCGUGGAACCAAAGGAACCAUGCUAAUCACCACGCGAAAUCCCGACUUUGAGAAACAUGCCACGGUUGGCUCAUAUCAUGUGGACCAAAUGGAACCCGAGGAUGCGGUUGCGUUACUUCUCAAAACAUCCGCACUAGAAAAGAUGGAAGACAACCAAGAGAUGAAGAGCGCGAGGACAGUCACGGCAGAAAAGGUAGUGGAAACCUUGGGCUAUUUAGCAAUUGCGAUCAUCCAAGCUGGUGCAGUGAUCCGGCAACGAACGGUCAGUCUUAAUGGAUUCUGUGAGCUGUAUUCGAAACAGAAGAAGGAGCUGCUGGAAUCUGGACGGCCGGACUCAAGUAUCGACGAUAAUCGUUCAGUUUACACAACUUGGGAAAUAUCCCUUCGAAUGAUCGAAAAGAUAGGAGAGAAGCAUUCACAUCUUGCUCUAGAACUUCUGCGACACUUUGCUUUUAUGCAUUUCACGGGCAUCUGUGAAAGCAUAUUCGAACAAGCAUGCAACAAUAUAAAAGUUGUGAUGGAAAAUAUGGAAUAUCAGACGACCCCGUUAGUCGAGAUGAUGCCAUCAGGUUGGGACCAGCUGCUUAUGGGUCAAGCCUUGCGACUUCUGGCUUCAUUUUCGUUGGUCACUAUUGACGAUUACGGUAUCAUUUCCAUGCACCCACUUGUGCACCAGUGGACCCGAGACCGAAUGUCAGUCAAUGAACGAGAUCAAACAUGGAAGACAGUUGUCAGAACAAUGUCCAUGUCCAGCAACUUUGACGGGGGGGUCGUGCAACGUCGAGCACGGAAGAUUUUGUUGCCUCACAUCGACGCUUGUUUAUCUGAAGGCGACGACCGGCUCUUUGUUGAUGGGAUCGACUUGUUGCAUCGUCUGCAUGCAGCUGUAGUAUUUGGACAGGCAUAUAGAGAGAACAAACGUCCGGGGACGCUGGAUUUCACCCAGAAAACAUUCCAGGGCAUAGAAAGGCACUUUCCUCCGGGGAAUAUGUAUCAUUUCUGUAUCAUGCGGGGCCUGGCGGAAGAUCUAGAACGCCUCGGCCGGUAUGUCGAAUCUGUAAAGAUUCGAGAGAAGGUGUUGCAGAUACUUAGAAAGUAUUUCGAAUCCCCAGACUCCAUAUUACAGAAUACGACAUUGUGCGCCCUAACGUACACCUACAUUGAGAAGCACCAAGAAGCAAUCGAAAUGUGUGAGGGAGCUAUGGCUGAGUUUUCUGACGUGUUGGGCGAAGAUAAUAUCACCAUGAUAGAGAGUUUAGAAAUGAUAGGUAUGAUUAAAGGCGUAAUGUCCAGACCGAAGGAGGCACAAAAAGACUUAGAAAAGGCAUGGAAUCUUCGCAAAAAAAAAUUCGGCGAUGGCAUUGGUUCUAUCGAAAUAUCACCAAGUGGUAUGUUGGCAGAAGUAUAUAUUGCGUUAAAGCAACCUAAGAAGGCCCGAAUGGUAUAUGAACUACACAUCAACUUGGCGAAGGAAAUCUAUGGACCUAACGACCUCGGCACUGUCAAAGCAAUCGCAAGGAUGGAAGAUUUGGUUGUUUGGAAACCAUAUAGGACUGUUCGAUUCGCAAGACGACGGGCCAAAGGAAUCGCCUCUAUUGAAGAAGCGACCCGGGAAUAUCGGAAUCAUAAGGGCGAGACCUCUGUGUUGGCAUUGGAAUGCAUGGAGGCUCUUGCUUGGGACUAUUACAUCAGCGGUUGGCAUGAAAAAGGAAUACUUUUACAGGAGGAAGUUGUGAGACGCAGCGUGCAACAAUGGGGCAAGGAAUCUAGCACGUCCACCAGGGCCGUAAGCACACUUAAAAGGAUGCGUAUGUGGCUCGCCAUUCGGAACGUGUGUUACUGGUGGGUACCAAAGAGUCUUCUGGAUAAGGCGCGGUUGAGAAUCUAG